AUGUCAGAGAUGAGCCCGAAAGAGAUUCGGGGCCGGCUCGGUAGCUGCUACCAAUUUACUUAUACGAUUGGGAUCCUGGUCUCGUACUGGAUCGAUUACGGCGUGGAGUUCAUGCCGAGCGGGGCUCGUCAGUGGCAGAUUCCCAUUGCACUGCAGCUGGUACCCGGUGCUUUGAUGGGCAUUGGCAUGUUCACGCUAGAUGAAAGUGUCCGGUGGCUGCUAGCCCACGGCAAGACAGAGGAGGCAUGGCGAAGCCUCGUCUGGAUACGCGCGGGGGACGGCCCCGCCGUGAGUGAAGAGUUCGAGGAUAUGCGCCGAGGCCUCGAGGAUGAGCGGCAUGCGACGGCAGGCUUCCGGCUGCGCGAGCUACUCGAGGGUCCGAAUCUGCAUCGCCUUCUCAUCGGAGGCGGCCUCUUUCUUGCCCAGCAGUCGACGGGAUCGACUGCGCUGGCUUACUUCGGGCCGCAAUUCUUCUCUCUCCUGGUCGGUCCGGGAGAUAAGAAUCUCUUGCUGACGGGCAUAUUUGGCGCGAUCAAAGUCGUUUCAUGUGGCUUCUUUGUGAUAUUCAUGUCGGAUCGGUUUGGUCGACGACCGACGUUGACUAUCGGCGCUGCCUUUAUGGCUGCGUGUAUGGUUGCGACGGCGGCUGUUAUCCGAAGAUAUCCCCCCACGGACGGUGUCGUCACGAAUGCUGGAAUCGCCACCGUCGCGCUCAUAUACCUGGACAUCAUUGCCUAUAAUCUCAGCUGGGGCCCUCUGCCAUGGCCCUGUGCGAGUGAGAUCUUCCCCACGCGAAUCCGGGAGCCGGGUGUGGCGUUCGGAGUUGGUUCGCAAUGGCUCUUUAAUUUUGUGUGGAGCUUUUCAACACCGUAUAUUAUGGCUGGUAUAGGCUGGGGCACAUUCUUAUUGUUUGGUCUCCUCGACGUUCUUAUUGUGGGAUUCACCUAUUCCUGUCUCAAAGAGACAGCUGGCAAGACGCUUGAAGAGAUCAACAGCAUGUACGAUGGGGUUGACGCAGAUGCCGAGCAUGGGUGGAAAGGCGAUGCUUUUGGUCAGACGCAGGGGCCAGAUCGAGAGCCUGGCCAGUCCCACUCUGAUGGCGCUGAGUCCGUCAGGAGCGACACCAAAUCUAGUCGACAUAAGAUGCACGCGGCGCAUCUUGAACAAUUAACUAGCAUAAGCGGGAGAGCAUGA